AUGACGAACGACUCGGACGAUGAGGAUGCCUUUCUCAGGGCCGUAGCCAAUGCCAACAUCUCGGGCCCCAAAGACUUAAAGUCGAAACUCGCAGAGUUGGAGCGUACUCCACUCUUUAUGACUGCUCUUCCAACCGAUGGACAGGAAAAUGUCGCAUUCGAGGCAAUGCAAGCUCUUCUUUAUGAUGGAUCUCCCGAAGAGAUCGCCACAAACUUCAAAAACCAGGGCAACGAAGCGUUCAAAGAACGUCGAUACAAGGACGCUCGUGUAUUCUACUCUCGAGGGCUGGAUCACAAGUGUGAUGACAUUGACCUCAAUACUACUUUGCUCGUCAAUCGAGCUGCUGCUCAUAUAGAGCUGGGAAACUAUCGUCAAGUUCUGUUGGAUUGUGCAGCAGCUUUAAAGCUAUCACCGAAAAACGUCAAGGCUUUUUACAGAUCAGCUCGGGCCUGUACAGCUUUAGAACGUUUUGAGGAGGCAGUAGAUUGUUGUGAGAGAGGUCUAGAGAUUGAUCCAACAAACGACGCUCUGAAACGUGAGUUGGAAGUGAUUGAGACCAAACGUGGCGAAGCAGUAAAACAUCAAGAGGCUAAGAGGGCACAACAGCUUGAAAUACAAGCUCAGGAUCAAGCCUUGUCAGAUGCCUUAAAGGCUCGAAACAUUCGCUCCAUAGAAACAGGCUCAGGCAUCCACCCAGCCGCAGAAGACCACCACAUACUCCUCGACCCAGCAACAAACACCCUCUCGAUACCAGUCCUAUUCCUCUAUCCAGAAUACUCACAAUCAGACUUUAUUGCUGCAUUCAACGAAAACGAUACAUUUGGAGAACACAUACAUACCGUGUUCGACGAUCCUCCACCGUGGGAUGCAAAGAAGGAAUAUUUGCCAGACAAGCUAGACGUGUACUUUGAAACGCGGAAUGAUGGACACCCGAAACUUGUACGGAUUGGACAUGAUAGGGUGCUCAAGGAUGUAUUCAGGCAUGAUGGGUUUAGGAUUGUGGAUGGUGUUGCAUCGUUUUUUGUGGUUGUGGGUGGUAGUAUGUUUGCUAAGCAGUUUAGGAAGCUGUAUCGUAAAUAG